GCGGCGGACGUGUGAUGUGACCGCUUGAAGUGAAACACGCGAUACGAAAGAGUCAGAAAUUGUAAACUUUUUAUAUUUAAAUUACAUUAUAAUGUAAGUGAUGACAAUAAUUUAUCUGUUUAUUAAAGUGUUUAAACUUAUGUGAUGGUUAUGGAUGUAACUUUUCUGGAUUGAAUUAUGUUUUGAUUUGAUGUGAUUAUGGAUUAUAAAAAUAAUAUAGUGAAUAGUUUUUAGUGGUAACUGUGUGGAGGCGGAGGCGGAGGCUGGCUCGCAGCCAACAAACAUUGUAUUAACCUUUAUGUUCUCCAAGGACUGACGUCAUAGGGCCCAAACUAGAAUGUUUAGAAUAAAGAAAAUAAGACAUCAUAAGAAAUACAAAGUACGAUGAAAGACAUAUCACAAUGAUAGAGGACGGCCGAGAUUCUUCCAAACGAGCAUUUUGCCAUCAGACAGGUUUCGUCGACGAGCCCAAGUGUUGUUUCACAAAGAAGGAAGAUUCUAGAUUGUUCUGUUGCCGGUGCGCACACAAAAGACGAGCCUCGCCGCUCACUUGUUUGGCGAUCUGCUUUCUCGUAUUAACUUACAAUCUACUAGGUGGAUUCCUGUUCCUUGCAAUCGAAGGUGGCGUGACAACUGAAGAGACAUCCGUAGCCGCAUCCAAACCCAAUCCAACCCAGCAGGGAGGUGCUGAACUUAGAUCCAAAACUGUAGAACGUCUGUGGUCUAUUACUGAGGAUUUAAAUAUUUUGUAUAAAGAAAAUUGGACCAAACUCGCUGCUAAAGAGUUGAUGGAUUUCCAGAAGGUUCUAUUGCGAUCGAUGCACAAUUCAGAGGGAGCACCUUAUGACCAUGGUGGUGAUUAUCGAUGGACGUUCUCCAGCAGUUUUCUUUAUGCACUAACUCUUAUCACCACUAUAGGUCAUGGAAACGUCACUCCGAAGUCAAUAGUUGGGAAGAUAGUUGCAGUGGCGUACGCGUGCGUCGGAAUACCAAUUAUAAUGCUGUACCUAUCCACGAUAGGCGAGGCUCUAGCUAGGAACUUUAGAAUUCUCUACUCCAAGAUAUGCCCGACGAGAUUUAAAAGUGGCAACUUUCACACCAAGGCUGAAUGUCUCGGCAGGUACUCGUUGCCAGCGUUGGAAUGUAGGCAGUACGUGGACUGUGAUAAAAAAGGCAAACUCGGAGAGAAACAGAAGAUAACCCCGUUCCAAGCGGCGUUAAAUUUAAAUAGUUUAAGUGGAGGAUAUCACUGGACUUGUCGAGAUCAUACGAGAGUUCCAAUAGUUUUAAGUCUAUUCGUUAUAGCAUUGUAUAUAGUUCUUGGGACAUUCGUGUUUCAUACGACAGAGAAAUGGAACUUGAUAGAUGGAUGUUAUUUCUCAUUUUCUAGUCUAGCGACAAUCGGCUUCGGUAAUCUAAGGCCGGGACUGUAUGCGGCGACGGUGUCGGCUAAAGCCGAGGAUGUUGCUGUUGGUGUGUGUUGCGUGUACAUUCUAGUUGGUAUAGUGGUAGUGGCGAUGUGCUUUAAUCUAAUACAGGAGGACACUAGCGCCGCACUACGGAGUGUGGCAACCCUGUGUUCAGGAGGAGGGAAAUCUCGUGCAGUCCAUAGUAUUGAAUGCGGGGAUGAGAAGCUAACAACAACGGUAGCAGUUUCCUGACGUUCAGCGGCGGCCGAGUGCGCGCCGUCUGUAUCGGGAGCGACGCGGUCUGAUAGACGACCGCAAGUAUCUUUCCGGAUAGACGGCUCGAACCCGACCAAAUUCAGCAGCCUACCGCGUAGAAAGACGGCCGCGUUGGGCGAGGAGAGUUUCGUGCGGGGUAUCCCGGCACGUCGUUCCGCUGGCCCCGCACCCAGAAGCCUCAGCGAGCUCAACCUGAGCGGUUCUCGUCGCGACCGUACUGUUACUUUCGAAGACGAUCGCGCCCUCGCUGAUGACGUAUUCAUGUGACAUUGCUAUGUAAUACCUAUAAG